AUGAAUUUUUUGGCGAAGCAUUUCUUCGAGUAUCAGUCAUUCAACAAUCUGCCUCAUGCUGCUGUACAGUUGCAUAAACCGCUUCCAUCACAAGCUGGUGCAGAUCAAUCGGCGUCCUGGGCACCGAAGUCAAUGAUGAGAGCAGGAAAAAAUCAAGCGGCACCAGGUGCGCGCGCUAAUCGAAAUAACGCUGACAUGAAACCGGGGCUGCACAGGUUCGGACGUGCAGCCAAGCACGAAUUUCGGGAAUGGGGCGACAAACAUGGAGGUAUCGACGUGCCAAAACAUGUUUCUCAUAAUUCUUAG